CUUGACUCCUACCUUCACGAAUUCCUGCGAAUUAAAUCCACGCUAUGUCUGACGCCGAACAACCAGCGCACACGCAAGACGUUGAGCCUAAAGCCGAGGAGGCCAACGCGCCCAUUAACAUCAAGGUGACCACACAGACGGGCGAGGAAGUUUUCUUCAAGAUCAAGCGGAACACGAAGCUCAGCAAGCUCCAAGGAGCGUAUGCUGCGAAAGUUGGAAAGGAUGUGAAUAGUAUCCGAUUUCUGUAUGAUGGUACAAGAAUAAAUGACGACGAUACACCCGCGUCGCUGGAUAUGGAAGACAACGACACGAUCGAUGUAAUGGUGGAACAGGUCGGAGGCUUAGCGUGACAUCGGCAUCGUUCUCGAUCUCUCGCGUAUCUCUGUAUUAUCACUUGUCUUUUCGUGGCCGUCUUCUCGGUUUGUUCCAUGCAUAUAAUAUCAUUGUAGCCCUUUGACCGUUUCA